AUGAAAGCACUGGCUGUUGAACAUUUUGAGUGGCUCUCCCAGGUCAACGGUGCGGAUGAAGCCUUGACCUUCGCGCGCCGUCGACCAAACACGGCCUCUAGCAUGCACCAGAUGCUACAUCUCAUUAAGGUAAACAAACAAGAGGCUGCGCGGCGGCGACGGGCGACUGGCUCUGUUUUCUGCGCGUGCGCCGGUCGCGUCAGUAUCUGGGGGGGAAGGGGGCCAGCCACCGGUGGAUCACCUCCGCUCCCCCCAGAGGUGUCCAUUACCCUCGCGUAA